AGAGAGAAACAUGAUAAUUGCAGUACAUGUGUGCAUGCUAAGACCCUAAGAAAUAGCAAGAUUAUUGCAAUACUUAUAUAAGCUUCUAUUCUGACCCAACAUUUGUACUCAGGACAUUAUUUAUACAUUUCAAGUGCUUGCUUGACUCAUUAUAGCUUCUCUCUACGUACGAUCGAUACUUUUUGUUUCUUCAGUGCACAUUCAACAACUGCUGGGAAACUCAUUUAUCAUCUAGAGAUGGUUAAUGAGGGAGAAGUGUCUAGCGGUAAGGAGUGUAAGGUACAGAUAGCGGGUGAUCAUGGAUCGAAAGAGGUACAAAAUCGGAGUGAGCGUGGACUAGUUAGCAGGAUUUGGUUAGGAUUUGCUGGUUUACUGUCUGGGUUCAUGUCAAAAUUAUCGAAGCUUUGGCGUAAUGUUUGCGGAGUAGGAUCUGAGGAUCCGAGAAGGGUUUGUCACUGUUUGAAAGUUGGUUUAGCUCUUACUGUUGUAUCACUCUUUUAUUACAUGAGACCAUUAUAUGAAAGUAUAGGUAGUAAUGCUAUGUGGGCAGUUCUUACUGUUGUUGUAGUUUUUGAAUACACUGUUGGUGCAACACUGGCAAAAGGCUUAAACCGGGUAGCCGGAACUUUUCUUGCUGGAGCUCUAGCUAUUGGCGUUCAUUGGGUUGCAGCUCACUGUGGAGAAACUUUUGAGGCUGCAAUUCUCAGAACCUCGGUCUUCCUUCUCGCUUCGGCAGCUACCUUUUCUAGGUUUAUCCCAAUAGUUAAACAACGAUUCGACUACGGUGCCAUGAUAUUUGUUCUGACAUUCAGCCUGGUUUCUGUUUCGGGGUAUCGUGUUGAAGAGCUGUUUGAAUUAGCUCAUCACCGAUUUUCGACUGUUGUACUUGGAACUGCCAUUUGCAUGCUCAUUUGCAUAUUUGUUCGUCCCGUUUGGGCUGGACAGGAUUUGCACUUUCUCAUUGUCCGUAACUUGGAAAGGAUUUCCGAUUCUUUGGAUGAAUGUGUACUUAAAUACUUCGAAGAUGACAAGACGCUAAUAGAUGGCGACGAAGAACGCUGGAAGAGAAUUCUCAAAUAUAAAUCUGCGCUGAAUACAAAAGGGACGGAAGAUUCUCUGGUGAAUAACUAUCCCAUAUUUCCAAACUGUUUGCAGUUAGUUUCCGGUUUUCUGAAAUGCGUGUUUGCUCGGUCUGUGCAGGCUAAUUUCGCGAGAUGGGAGCCGUCUCAUGGCCAAUUCAGGUUUCAGCAUCCCUGGAAUCAGUACCUGAAAAUCGGGGCCUUGACUCGAAGUUGCGCUUAUUGCAUAGAAGCUCUAAACAGUAGCAUCAAUUCUGAAAUACAUGCACAUGAGAGAGCAAAGAAGCAUCUGAGCAAUGUCUGCAUAAGGUUGAGCUCUCAUUCUUCGGUGGUUCUCAGAGAGCUGACUGUCAUGAUCAAAACAAUGAAGAAAUCUUCAUCCAUAGAGAUUUCAAUCGGAGAGAUGGGUAGCGCAGUGCAAGAACUUCAACAUGCCAUGAAAUGUUUACCUAUCCCACCACUCUUACCGUUACUUGUUAAAUCACAGACGGAGAUAACAGAACUUAGUCCAGCAACACAGGCAAAUACACCUCUGAUGGAGGUUCUAAAUCUUGUCACCAUAACUUCAUUACUGGUGGAAAUUAGUGCGAGAAUUGAAGACAUAGUUGACGCUGUCAAUGAAUUAGCAAGUAUGACUGGUUUCACCGAAUCCACAAUUGAUGAAAAGAAGAAACAACAAAACAAACCUGUUAUGUCAGAUGAUCAAGAAGUGCAAGAUAAAAAUGAAUUGAAGAUUCUUCAACAAGCUUAAGAGUAGUAAUUUUUACUUCUUCGCGUAAGACAGUUUUACCUGUAGUAAUUCUUAUACAAGUGAAAAGAAAUAACUGAGUCAGAUGCUUAUCCAUUCCUUCCCGCUCCCGAUUUAUCAAGAGUCAAAGACCUGUCUUGAAAUAUAGUGCAAAGUCUUCACAGUUGUUUAGAAAAAUAUCAUAGUUACUGGAACCCUUUUGAAGCAGAUACGCACUGACGAAGUUGAACCUGACGGAUUGGGCAACUUACCGGAGCUCGAAGCAGAUGCGUGUGCAGCUUCAAGAUUGAUGGAACACUGACCAUGGUGAAGACGAUUCAAUGAAGCUCCAAUAGCCGAAGAUUCGUCCCGUUCUUGUGGGAAAUGUAUCCCGUUCUUGUGUAAAAUGUACUACUUCAUCUCCUCCCAUGUAGAUUCCUUGAUUAGUUGAAGUCAAAACAAAAUCAGAACAAAUACAAUCUUCACAUUCCAGG